GGCCCCGCGCGCAGCCAUGGCCGACGCGGCGCCCGCCCGGGAUCCAGAGAGGGACAGGCAGACAGGGGACCAAAGGCCCUCGACACCUUCAUUGCCCCAGCUGACUGCUGAGAAGAGCUCCUACCUGUACUCCACUGAGAUCACACUCUGGACUGUGGUGGCCGCCAUCCAGGCCUUGGAGAAGAAAGUGGACUCCUGCCUGUCCCGCUUGCUGACUCUGGAAGGGCGCACGGGGAUGGCUGAGAAGAAGCUGGCUGACUGUGAGAGGACGGCCAUGGAGUUCGGGAACCAGCUGGAGGGCAAGUGGGCCAUGCUGGGGACGCUGCUGCAGGAGUACGGGCUGCUGCAGAGGCGGCUGGAGAACACGGAGAACCUGCUACGCAACAGAAACUUCUGGAUCCUGCGGCUGCCCCCGGGCAGCAAGGGCGAGGUACCCAAGGUGCCCGUGACCUUUGAUGAUGUAGCCGUGUAUUUCUCGGAGCAGGAGUGGGGGAAGCUGGACGAGUGGCAGAAGGAGCUCUACAAGCACGUGAUGAGGGGCAACUAUGAGACGCUGGUCUCCCUGGACUACGCCAUCUCCAAGCCUGACAUCCUCACCCAGAUAGAGAGGGGAGAGGAGCCUUGUCCUGAGGACCAGUGGGGCCAAGAGAAGAAGGAAAUGGUGUGCCCCAGGAAGACGGAAUCUGGCCUCACUCCAGACCCAGAGCACGUGCCUGGACCAGCCAGCCCGGCCCAGGAGGAGCCAGGAGCAGGGCAGACACCGGGGCACCAGUGGGCCUUGGAAGCAAGAGCGACACCUCUUGGGCUGAGCACUGAGCCUCCAGCCAGCACCCACGUCUUGUCCUCGAUUAAACAAGAGGAAAACUCUUCUGGUGAGGAGUCGCGCACCUCCUCUCCUAGCGAGACCUUGCCUGACAUGGGGCCAGGUGGGGGCCGCGCAGUCAUCAAGACCGAAGCCCAAUCCGAGGAUAAGCUGACCCAAGAGCGGCUCUUCCUGGGCGAGUCAUCGGGCCAGGCCGAGUGUGGGGCCCCCAAAGGGCCCAGAGACAGAGCCGGGGGCCCCAGCCGGCAUCACAGCAGGGGUGUGCCAAGGGUGAGGCCAGGGACCUUUGGCCCUCCUGGGGCCUCUGGGGAGCCACUGCGCAUCCUCCCUCGCCGCCAGCAGCGGGCUUUCCCCUGCCCGGACUGCGGGCAGAGCUUCCGCUUGAAGAUCAACCUGACCAUCCACCAGCGGACCCACUCGGAGGAGGACCCCGGCGUCCCCCACGGCGGCCUGCCCCCUGGCUGGGGGGACGCCCAGCCCGCGCUGGAGCCGGGCGAGGUGGUGGUGCCCGGCCCGGUCAUCCGCUGGCUGCCCGGCGAGCCCGCGGCGCGCGACGCGGCGGACCGGGCCCUGGGGAGACGGAGGCUGGGCGCCGCGGCGGCCAAGGUGUACCACUGCAGCGAGUGCCUGCGCUCCUUCCAGCAGCGGAAGAGCCUGCUGCUGCACCAGCGCCUGCACACGGGCGACAGCCAGGGCUGGCCCGCCUGCUCCUACUGCGGUAAGGCCUUCCGCCGGCCCUCCGACCUCUUCCGCCACCAGCGCAUCCACACGGGCGAGCGGCCCUACCGGUGCCCGCAGUGCGGCCGCACGUUCAACCGCAAUCACCACCUGGCCGUGCACUUGCAGACGCACGCCCGGGACCAGGCGGGCCCGCCCCGCCCCAGGCCCAGGCGCCGGGAGGAGGGCCGCCCCCCGCCCCAGGAGCAGAGGGCAGUGCCUUCCCCGCCUGACGCCUGGGCCUCGGGAGAGUGAGAGUGUUUUUUCUGGGCGAGUAUGACCAGAUGCCUCGGUUUCCUAGGUUGGUCACGCUUUGUUGCUCUUCCCACAUUCCUGACGCAUAAGGGUCCCAAGGCUUAAGAGAGGCCGGUUUUUGGUGGGCGCUCAGGCACCACAGUCGGUCACCAGGGCCAGAUUGAGGCUCCCCGGCGUGAGGCAGAGACACUGGGGCCUGCGGUUUUGAUUUUGUGCACAAAGGUCUUGCACAUGAGCCAACGUGAGAAGCUGUAAGUGGACAGACGGCCGGAGAGAAGGCACUGAGAUUGAAUUUUUCUACUUCGUUAUUUGGAAACUUUAUUUCCUCUUAAUAAAACUUUUCUUGUGCUUUUGUAAGUGCUGUGUGUAUAGCAAAGGGGCCCAGGAGCUCCGAGGGGCAGGAGCUGAGAGAGGAGCAAGUCUGGACAGCUGGUGGGUCCUCAGCCCGGCCCUGGAAACAAGGCGCUUCUCGGGGAUCCUAGUCCUUUCCCCAAAGAGUGUUCCCAUCCACUGUUUGUCUGGUUGUCAGUUGGGACGGGGGCUAAAGCCCAGAAUGAAUGACCCUCCCAGGGAUCUCAGUGUUAACGGGUGAAUGCAGUCCGUCCACUGCACCCGGUAACUCACCUUAGUGGGGGUGUGGAGGGAGUCCAGGAAUGGAAGCCGGUGGUCGGGAGAGGCUAGUCAAUCGACCGGGCUCUGGGGUGUGUGUGUGUGUGUCUGUGUGUGCGUGCGCCUUGUCUCGUGUGUCUGUGUGUGUGCACGUGUCUGUGUGUGCGUGUGUAUCUGUGUGUGUCUGUGUGUCUGCAGGUGUAUCUGUGUGUAUCCGUGUGUAUCUCUGUGUGUGUCUGCGUGUGUGGUGGGAGGUGUCUGCUCCAGCUCUGGGCCAACUUGCCGGCAGAGGGCUCUGGGUGGAGUUAGGGCUGGGAGAUCUCCGUGGAUCUUCGACUCACCCCCGCCUCCCCUCACCUGUCCGAGGGAAAAGCGUCCCAGUGAUUCCUACCUCCCCUCAGGGUUUUCUCAGGGUGGUCAGGGACACAGUGGGCUUGGGGUGUGCGCACAAAGUGAGGCCCUCAGUUAGAGACCCUCGGGAAGACGGUCUUCGGGAGUGAGGGGAGGCCUUCCCACCGGUAUUUCCCUGGGUCACAAUCUUACCAAA